ACAGCAUGAAACCAUGGCUUCACUUUCGUUGUCUACUCCACUACGAAGCCCUUUGUACAUAUGCCAUACGUGUCGAAACGGCUUGCGCUCUCUCCAAAAUGCGCGCUUCGUGACGGGUCGAGCACUCAGCACUGCGUCAUGGUUCAACUGCGAUCUCACAACGCAACCUGCACCACUUGGUACCCGACUCAAACGAGCCAUCGCUCCCUCGAAAACGAAUAAUUUAUCAGUCGAGCGCUUCACAAGGCCACGCUCAUACUCGAUCACAACCCCCACAUCACAUAUUUCUAAACCCGGCAUCGCAUCCCUCCCUCACCGCCGCCUCAUCUGCCUCUCGGGCCCCGACGCCGCGAAGUUCCUCCAAGGCCUGAUAACAAACAAUGUCGACCCUUCCCGGCAUGCGCCGUUCUACUCCGCAUUCCUCGACGCGCGCGGCCGAGUGUUAUGGGAUGUCUUCAUCUGGGCAUGGCCGGAGCUUUCUGCGACGGCAGGCAAAGGACACUGGGCAUGCUACAUCGAAAUUGACGAGGGAGAGGUGGACGCACUGAAGAAGCACCUAAAGAGACACAAACUUCGGAGUAAGAUCACGAUUGAAGAUGUGGAUAGCGAAGGACAAGGAGGCGUGCGGGUCUGGGCAGCCUGGGGCUCUACAGCCGACCUGCUGCGCAAUGACGAUAGUGUUCCUGCUCUCUCUGAUCCUCGCGCACCGGAUAUGUACCGCUGUCUUGCGGGGACGGAUCACGUAAGGACACAAGGGUUCGUGCCGUUGGAUGCAAAAGAGUAUCAUUUGCAACGGUACCAAUACGGUAUACCUGAGGGACCCAAGGAGAUACCCAGGGAAAGCGCGUUGCCAAUGGAGUGUAACAUCGAUUUGAGUCAAGGAAUUGACUUUAAGAAGGGGUGUUAUGUUGGUCAGGAGUUGACUAUACGAACGAAACACACGGGUGUGGUGCGGAAACGCGUUUUGCCCAUACAGCUCUAUGAUACCGGCGCUUCGGACACGCUUCCAGAGUCUGGCACAGACAUAAAGCAGUUAGAUGAAAAUGGGGGCAUCAAGAAGGGCCGUGCUGCAGGUAAGUUUAUCGCAGGAAUUGGCAACGUAGGGCUUGCGCUCUGUCGGCUGGAGAAUAUGACUAGCAUGAAAGUCAGUGCCGAGGGAGGGAGCUGGAAGCCGGGCAUCGAGUUCGGAAUACAAACUGAUGGGGGCAUUGUCAAAGUCAAGCCGGUCUUGCAUGAGUGGUUCGUGCUAAGGGAACGGGAUCUGUGGGAUAAGAAAAGGACGAGGAUAUAGUCGAGAUAUAGCACAAAAACGCAGAUUGAUAUCUACACACGCA